GCAAACACAUGUUUAGGUUGCAGGCAUUGCGUUCACUGUGUUUCGGGCAGGCGCGAUCCCUCAAGGUCAACAAAUAUGGCCGGUCGACAUUAUGAUGAUUGCGAUAAUAGGGAUUAUGGGGGUGGCGGCGGUCGGCGCCCUAAGAAGCCCCUGCCAAUGGAGCCUCCUUACACUGCGUUCAUUGGGAACCUGCCCUCCGGACUCGUCCAAGGCGACGUGAACAAGAUUUUUCCAGGUUUUACCAUUAAGAACAUUAGGCUUGUUAUGGACAAGGAUACUGAUCGUUUCAAAGGAUUCUGCUAUGUGGAAUUUGACACCCGCGAAGACCUUUCUAAGGCCAUUGCUAUGGACGGCAUAGUGGAUGUACAGAAUCACAUAAUUAAAAUUGAUGUUGCUGAAGGCAAAAGAAACGACAGGGGAGGUGGUUUCGAUAGAGGUCGUGGUCGUGGUGGGAUGAGGUCCGGCGGCGGUGGUGGAAGGUCCGGAGACCAUCGAGGCGGUGGCGGUUUCGGUAACGACGAUUUCGAAAGGAGGGGCGGCGGAGGUGGUCUCGGCGGAAACCGAGGUGGAGGCUUCGCAGAUCGCGAUAGAGCUGGUCACCGAGGAAAUUACGGUAACUUCGGAGAAGACGGAGGCGGCAACUGGGCCAACCGAGGAGGUGGCGGUGGAGGAGGAGUAGGUCGCGACGGCGGCGGUGGUGGUGGCAGAGGAUUCGGAGGCGGUGGUCCAGGUGGCGGAAGACCUCGCGGGGAACGCAAACCUUCUUUCAACGAAGAUUUGCCGUCACCUCCAGCACCUGAUACAUCAAAUAGAAGGAGAUUGCAACUACAGCCUCGCACCAUUACGGCUCCGGUGAAUGCAAUGGCGGAGACCUCGCAGACAUCGACGAUCUUCGGAGGUGCUAAGCCGCGCGAGGAAAAGAUGGAGAAAAAUUAAACUGUUAUAUAUAAUGAUUAUAUUUUUAUUUCUUAAAAAAAAGGCAUAUAAGUCUGUGGGUCCGCGCAGCGUUUUUCUCUCUCUCUCUUCAUCUUUCUUUUCAAUUUCUUGAUAAUCUACUUUAUUAUUAAUAUUACACAACAAUAUUUUUUUGUUUUGUUUUCGCCUCGUCUCGCCCUACGAAUCCUGAAUUAUUUUUAUUAUAAUAAUAAUAAUAAUUUAAGACGUUUCAUGUGCGAGCACGAAAAGCGGAAAGAGUGAGAUUAAUUUUAUAACAAUAAUUAUAAAGAAGAAAAAAAAACAAUAAAAUAAGAGAGAAAUAAGUCAGACCUCUUUCAAAAUAAUUGUAACUAAUUAAUUGGCCUUUUCUUGACGGCUCAUCUAUAUCGUUUUUGAAUAAUAUUAAAUUGAAAUUUAUGAUUUAUUAACAACAACAAAGAAAAAGAAAUAAAUAUUAUAAACCGGUUAAAAAAAAACGAAGCGAAACUUUAUUCAAUUCAGGACCACACAGAUCGAUUAUACUUUCGGAAGAAGAAAAAAAAAAUUAAAAAUAUGAAAAUGUAAGAAAAAGGGAAGAACAUUAAUA